AGGGAGGGAGGGAGGAAACAGAAAGAAAGAAAGAAAGAAAGAAAGAAAGAAAGAAAGAAAAAAAGGAAAUGUAACUGAAGUAAAAUGUGUGCUACUAUUCUCUUAGUGAAUAAGAAUGUGGACCUCAAAGAGGUCCGGGGUGGGUGGGUUAGGUCGGGCUCGCUCAGGCAGCGGCAUUAACCACCGAAGCCGUACAGGGUGCGGCCCUGGCGUUUGAGGGCGUACACCACGUCCAUGGCGGUGACGGUCUUGCGCUUGGCGUGCUCAGUGUAGGUGACGGCAUCCCUGAUGACGUUCUCCAGGAACACCUUGAGCACACCACGGGUCUCUUCGUAGAUGAGCCCGGAGAUGCGCUUCACACCGCCACGGCGCGCCAGACGACGGAUGGCCGGCUUGGUGAUGCCCUGGAUGUUGUCCCGAAGAACCUUGCGGUGACGCUUGGCGCCUCCCUUUCCGAGUCCCUUGCCUCCCUUGCCGCGGCCAGUCAUGGUUCAGGUGGGUAGCUCAACAGUGGAGUGAGUGUUGGGCUGCCCCAGCGUUCGCUCUAUAUAUGCAGAGCCAGAGGCGGCGGUGGUGGGUCUUUGGGCGAUAGGCUGGCUCCUGCCGUCUACUUCCGGACGGCCCAGUGACGUUGGGUGAGCCUCCACACGGUACUAGGCUCUAGCAUAUGCAGACAGCUCCAAGAGACCCCUAAAUUCCUCCAAUAGGGCUAGAUAGAUGCACUGCCUGACGGGGGCGGGCAAGCGCGGGACUAGGAGGCGGCGCACGCGCAGGACGCGGCGGACCACCGCUCCUCCCCCGGCCGCCAAAACUAUAAAAACCAGAAACGGCUGGGAAGACUCAACUGUUCUGUUCGUCCGUAGCCAUGGCCCGUACCAAGCAGACUGCCAGGAAAUCCACCGGUGGCAAGGCGCCCCGCAAGCAGCUGGCCACCAAGGCCGCUCGCAAGUCGGCCCCGGCCACCGGAGGAGUCAAGAAGCCUCACCGCUACAGGCCCGGGACCGUGGCCCUCCGUGAGAUCCGCCGCUACCAGAAGAGCACCGAGCUCCUCAUCAGGAAGCUGCCCUUCCAGCGUCUGGUGCGCGAGAUCGCCCAGGAUUUCAAGACCGAUCUCCGCUUCCAGUCCUCUGCCGUCAUGGCUCUGCAGGAAGCCUCCGAGGCCUACCUCGUCGGUCUCUUCGAGGACACCAACCUCUGCGCCAUCCACGCCAAGCGUGUCACCAUCAUGCCAAAGGACAUCCAGCUGGCCCGUCGCAUUCGCGGCGAGCGUGCCUAAGCGGGCGUUGCCCGUCUGAGUACUACAAUCUGCUCACACUAUAUCUAGGCCCUUUUCAGGGCCAAA